AUGUUUUCUUCCAUGGCGGUUCCGGUUAAUGGGUUUUCCUUAAACCUUCCCAAACCCAACCUUGUUGUCUUAAAACGCAGAGUUCUCUAUGGUUCUGCUGCAGAAAGCUUCUCGGUGUCACGGCUCUUCAAGCUUUCUUCUUACAGGAUCAAAGUAAGAAGCUUUCAGAAAGAAAAUGUCGGAAAUAAUGAUUCCGAAAAGUCUCAUGAUAGUGAAGAUGAGAAACCAAAUGUCAAUGAGAUACUUAAAGCUGAAAACGCAAGUGUUUCUGGAAAGAAGAGAGUACCAUUCAUAGUAUGGUUAGGUAUGGGGUUAGGAUUGGCGCUGACUAUUACAGUAAUAUGUGUAACCUUGAAUGGCUCUGGUGGUUCACCUUUUGAGGUUAAGAGUAUAGCCAAAGCCUCAUCUUCUUCAGAAGGUUUUACUUUUAGUGCUUUUGGAAACAAAUUCGUAAUUCCAGGAAAUGCACCGGGAUGGGUUUACUUUUGGUUGCUAAUGGCAGCUGGAUGCGGGCUUUUUAUUAGCGAAGAGGCUCUAAAUAUAUGGGUUGGUAUAACGUUGGCUCGGAUGUUAACUCUGGAUGGGACGUGGCAAUCCUUUGCUGAGUCUUUCUCUCGGAAUGCUCCUUAUAUAAUGUCUACGGUGUCAUGGGUCUACUGGGGAGUUUGUAUUAGCGAUAUGAUACCGUUUUACCUCGGGAAGCUCUUCAGACAGAGUGGAGCAUCAGAUGAUGUUUGUUCAAAGCUCGGUAUAGGUAAAGAGAAAGCGCUAAGCAUUACUCAGGCUGUCCAAAAGUAUGGAAAUCUCUCGGGUUUCGUGGAAAGAUUUUCUCUGGGAGUGAGAAAUCCUACAGCAUUCUUAGCCGGGGCUCUUGGAAUAUCUCCAGAAUGCUUCUUUGCAGGAGUUUGUUGUGGCGGUUUGAUCACUCUUCCACUUCAGCUUGUGAUCGGGUUUUUCCUUAGAGAACGCCCCAUGUUUGCUCUUGCAACAGUAGCAACUGUAGUGGGAAUAUGGACAAUCUUCCCGUAUGUGGUAGCUGCAUCCACGGCUUUGUUCCUCUACAUUCGCAGUCGCUACUCCACCUAA